AUGCCUGCCCCAGUAGACAUCGAAGUAGAUCAACCGACAACUAACGGUCAUGUUGCUGAGACUUAUAGUUCGGAUUUUUUUGAUGCUUCUGUUGCUGAUCUUGCUGAUUUAUUAAAAAAUGAACCACAAGAUGAUUUUAUCGUUGGCUUACAAGAUACUCUAUCAAAUGUAUUUUCAUCACCAGCUGUAUUUUCUCUUGCAUAUUGUCAUGAUUUACUUCUUCGUUUUAUUCAACAACCAGAUAAUAUGCGUCCUGUUUCAACAGAUAAUUUAUCUUUAUUAACAUCAUUACUCAAAGAUCUUGAAAUUGUUGGAAUGACAAAUAAUUAUGCGAGAGAAUUAGAUAGUAUUUUACGACGUCCGCAUAUUCGAAUGAUUAUGGAUGCUCAUCAAACAAUAGCAACAAGAGAAUAUGCUGAAGAUCAAUUACCAAUAGGAUAUUUACCAGAUGCAACUAAAGCAUUACCUGAUAUAUCUUCACCUUCAUAUAUGUAUCCUGGUGUAAUACCAAAUAUGCCACCGAAAACUAUUGGAAUUGAAUCAACUGGUGAAGAACAUUUAGGUAUUACAGUUAAAUUAAAUGAAAUGGGAGAUUUAGAAAUCAAACGAAUUGUACAAGGUGGUUUAAUUGAUAAACAAGGUCUUCUUCAUGUCGGUGAUAUAAUCAAAGAAAUUAAUGGUGAAAUUGUUAAUACACCAGAAGAAUUACAAGAUAAAUUAAGAAAUGCUCGUGGUGCUGUAACAUUUAAAGUUGUACCUAGUUAUUAUGAUUUUCCUUCACCAUCACAAUUGUAUAUUCGCGCUCAUUUUUCCUAUGAUCCAGCAAAGGAUAAAUUAAUUCCAGCUAAAGAAGCUGGAUUAGCAUUUGAGGAAGGUGAUAUAUUACAAAUACUUUCACAAGAUGAUGUUCAUUGGUGGCAGGCAAGACUUGUGAAAGAUCCAACACAAAAAGGUCUCAUACCAUCACAAUAUCUCGAAGAACGACGUAAAGCUUUUGUACCACCUGAAAAUGAUUUUUCUAAAACAUCUCUUGUAUGUGGUUUAAUUGAUCGUCGAAAGAAAAAACGUUUAUUAUUUAAUGUUAAAGAUUCUUCAUUAUUCGACAAAGGUGAUAUAUGUCUCUAUCAAGAAGUUGCACGUAUGCCACCAUUUGCAAGAAAAUGUUUAAUAUUAGUUGGAGCACAUGGUGUUGGUAGACGAACAUUGAAAAGUCGUUUAAUUGCUCUUGAUCCCGAUCGUUUUGGAACGACGAAACCACAUACAUCACGUUCUUUACGUAUUGAAGAAGCAAAUGCUUAUUUUCAUAUGGAUCGAAAUGAAAUGGAAACUGAUAUUGAAAAAGGUGGUUUUCUUGAACAUGGUUUAUAUGGUGAACAUUUAUAUGGAACAAAAUUUGAAUCUGUUCGACGAGUUAUUCAAUCAAGUAAAAUGUGUGUACUUGAUGUUGAACCAACAGCUUUAAAAUUAAUUUGUAAUAAAGAAUUUAUGCCGUAUGUUGUAUUUAUAAAAGCACCUAAUUUGGAUUAUCUUCGUCAUAUGCAACAUAAUGAUAAACAGAGAAUGUCAAAAAUGAGAACAAAAAGUAGUAUGGGUAAUAAUUCACUAUUGAACUUAUCGGCAAAAGAUCUUGAACAAGUUGUUUUGGAAAGUGAUGCUUUAGAACAUGAUUAUCAUACGUAUUUUGAUUUGACACUUGUUGCUGACGAUAUUGAAAAAACAUUUGAACAGCUUGUUCGAGCUGUUGAAGCAUUGAGUGCUGAACCUCAAUGGGUUAAUGUUCAAUGGUUUUCUUAA